AUGGGGGAUCCUCCUCGGGAGGAGUGGCCUAAUUCUUCCAUGCAACGCACUUUGUAUGCAUCUAUGGUGUCCAGAGGUUUGGCGCUUGAGCCUGCGAUGGUUCCCAUGAGGUGUCCCUCCACUCAUAUGGGCUGCCCGGCCAUGAUCUUCACCCAAGAAGUGAUUGACCGAUCAAAAAUCCCCUUUAGGCAUUCCCUUAUUGCCAAGUGCACAUAUGGAAGGCCAUCCUUAUUUGAUGUGAAGGCGGGGUUUCAGGCUUCUCUUCACUUGGCUGCGGAUGUGGCAAUCUCCAGUUUAGAUCAGCGACACCUCCUGCUUCGAUUUGUGGAUCGCUCCGACUUCGUGAAGGUCUGGUUGAAGGAACAAUUACACAUAAAGGGGUAUCUGUUUAGGUUCUUCAAGUGGACUCGGCACUUCAGGCCGGGCAAUGAGUCCCCCAUCGUCCCGGUGUGGAUCUCUUUCCCGGGGAUGUCGGUGAACCUGUAUCAAGGCAAUUUCCUGCUCUCUGUGGCAGGUGCGAUUGGAAAACCCAUCAAGGUAGAUGGAGCGACUGCGGGUUGCUCGUGCACGGUUGCGGCAAGAGUUUGCGUGGAGCUUGACUUGCAAGAGCAUCAUCCGGAUAGAGUUUGGGUUGGCUGUGGAACGGAAGGUUUUUUCCAGAAGGUCGUAUACGAGCACAUUCCGGUGUACUGCAGUGUGUGUUUCAAGGUGGGUCAUUAUGCGGCGAGUUGUAGGAGGGGCUAA